AUGCAUCUCAUAAUUAAAGUUCAACCCACUCACCCAUUGGUAAAUGGUAACAUCGUUAACAACAACAACAACAAAACAAAACAAAAAAUGUUGGGAAAAUCAAAAGAUAGCUGGGUUGUGUUUGAACCACUUCGAGUGAUUCACAACAACAAACUCAUAUUCUUUUACAUCGCUUCAUUCACAACACUCCCUCUCUCUUUUCUCCUCUUCACUCUCUCCAUCACCACUCACACGCUCCGUUCUCAUAUCUACCACCUCGAAGCCCUAGCCACUCUCACCUCCACGCUCAUGGAAGCGCGUCACGUCUGGCACGAGUCUCGAGACAACGCCGUCUAUCUCCUCCGCGUCAGAUCACUCUUUUUCCUCCUCUGUUUCCCGCUUUCACUCGCCGCCGUUGUAUCCUCCGUCCACACAACAUUCUCCUUUAUCCAUGGCAAAACCGUUACUGUUAACUCAACCGUUAACGCCGUUAGAGAUUACUGGAAGCGCCCGUUCGUUACGGCUAUUUUUGUUUAUGUAAUCUUGUUGACGUUUUCGCCAGUGCCACGUGUGAUUGCUUCGGUAUUCGUGACGCGGGAAUCGCGGUUUGUUGUUAUGGCGAUUGGUGCGGGGUUUGAGGUUUAUCUGAUGGCGGUUAUGGGCUUGGGCCUGGUGGUAUCCGUUGUUGAAGAGAGAUCCGGGUGGAAUGCAAUUAGUGUCGGGUCGGGUUUGAUGCGAGGGAAGAGAUUGAUAUUCGGGUGGUUAAUUUCGGUUUUGUUUGUUAUGGUUUCGGGUUUUAUAAACCGAAAAAUGGAAGGUUCGAAUUCGGAGGUGAUGAGUAUUUGGGAUAAAACGGUUUUGAUUUGUUCGUAUGGGUUAACGGUGGUUUUUAGUUAUGUUGUUACAACUGUUUUUUAUUGUGAUAGUAGAAUGCCCCAUGCCGUUAGAGAACGCGAAACGACAGAUCAAGAUGUUGAUUGUAUUUCGCUUUCAUCGUCUUUGUAA